AUGCCAGAAGAUACCAAAAAGCAAUGCAAAGGUCUUAUGAAUAAGAUGGGAAGGCUCCUCUACCGUGAAGAGAAGGCAAAUUCCAAGGAGCAAGAAUCUGAGCGACUGGAAGAUCAACAGGAUAAUCCGACAAAAUCUUGCCAGAAGCAGGAAGAUGAGAUCCAAAAGGUGAAGGAUUAUGUCAAGAAAGACGAAGAACUCGAGGAGGGGAGUGAGACCUACGGCGGCUUGAUGUAG